AUGGCAACAGAGGAGGAGGAAGUCGAGCAACGUACUUACGAGGAAGUAGCAAACACCGAUGAAAAUACGAGCAGUGUUUGGGAAAAUAAAGAAAAUAUUACUUUAAUAUGGUUCGACACAAACAUUCAGAUUGAUUCACCGGAUAUUCAACUAACUAAGCGUAAGUUGAAAGAAAUCAAUAAUGAUACUUUAGUAUUUACCGAUAUAAAUCUUUGUAUACAACGUAUUGAAUCAAUCAAAUCCAAGAAAAUCUUUCUCGUUGUAUCUGGCAUGAGUGCCGAUACGUUGUUGUCCAAAGUGCACAAUCUCUGUCAAAUUGAUAGCGUCUUUAUAUUCUGUAUGAAGAAAUCAAAAUAUGAUCGAGAGUUGAUAGAAGAUGGAAACUAUUCGAAAAUUGUUGACAUUUUUGUUGAACAGAGCAGUUUGAUAAGAAGUAUUCAAAAGAAUGUUGAAUUAGCCGAGAAACAAAUGGAUAUUUUACGAUUCUAUGAGCAAAAUCAAAAACCAACUAGAAAUUUAACCAAAGAAUCAGCUUCAUUCAUAUGGCAUCAACUACUCAAAGAAGUCUUACAAAAAAUGCCGAGUGGAGACGAAAACGCUAAAGAAGAAAUGCUUAAAAAGUGUCGUUUGUAUUAUCGUGAUAACAAGAAAGUAUUGAAAGAUAUUGACGAAUUUGCUCGCAAAUAUUCCAAACAUGACGCAGUGAAAUGGUACACAAAAAACCGUUUUAUAUUCAAAUUAAUCAAUGAAGCUUUACGAACAGAAGACGUCGAAGUGUUAUACACAUUUCGUUUUUAUCUUAUUGAUCUGUGCUCAGAAUUAAGCAAAAAUCAUCAACGGAUAUUGGAAUAUCAACAACCCUUAUCGCUCUAUCGUGGCACAACCUGUACAAAAGAUUAUAUUCAAUUUUUAAAAGAUAGUGUUGAUCAUUUGAUAUCAACAAAUGGAUUCUUCUCAACAAGUAAACAGAUCGAAGUUGCUGAAAUGUACGCUGAUGUGGGUAAAAAUCUUACCGAGAAAAAUGAUUGUGAAUCAAUUAUAUAUAAGAUUAAUUAUGAUCCGAAUGCACAUCCGAAAACGAUAGUUGCUGAUGUUUCAGGUGAAAGUCAAUUUCCCGAGGAGAAAGAAUUUCUAUUCGAUCUUGGAACUGUUUUUCAAAUCACAGAGUUCUACUAUAAUGAAGAGAAAAAGUACUGGAUUUGUGAAAUGGUACCAUCUAAUAAAGGUUUGGAAAUAGCCAAAGAAUAUCUUGCAUUUCAAAGAGAUGAAAUAAACCAUGAAGAAAGCGACAUUUCUAUUGUAUUCGGCAAUUUACUUUUCAAAAUGGGAGAACAUAUUAAAUGCCGAAACUAUUUUCAAAAUUUAUUAUCAAACCAAGUUGACACAAAUGUACUUAAUCGUAUUGAGAUUAAUCAAGGACUAGGAAGAGCAUUAACUGGACUACGUGAAUUUGAUUUGUCAAGAAACUACUUUCAAGAUGCUUAUGCUUUAUGCACUGGUAAUAAUUCAUCACUUGGCAAACGUGCUAAACUUUUAGGUCACAUCGGUUUCACGUAUGAUCGUCAAGGAAAUUUUAAUACUGCUUUAGAUUACUAUUUUAAAGCAUUGAAACUGGUCAAUAAUGAUGCACAAUGUACUAAUCAGAUUGCUUAUCUAUUAACCAAAAUUGGUCAAACAUAUUACAGUCUAGGACAAGAUGAUUUGUCUUUGAAACAUUUUGAAAAAUCAUACAUAUAUCUUCAAAAAUCAGUACCUGAAGAUCAUCCUGAUAUGAUUGAAUAUUAUAAUAAUAUGUGCAUUGCUUACUAUCAUAGAGGAUUAUAUCAUGCAGCUUUGUAUUAUCAAUGGAAAUCUUAUGAAAUUAGUGAAAAGCUCUUUCCUGCUAAUAAUCAUUUCUUCCUUAGUUUUAACUUAAACAAUAUUGGUAAAUGUUUAUAUAAGCAACAUGAAUAUAAACAAGCGAUGGAAUAUUUUCAACGAAGUUUAAAUAUAGCAAGAAAAAUUUUCAAACAAGAUGAUAAUUACAUCGAUAUGGGAAUAAAGAUCAGUAACAUAGGUAAAGUAUUUUAUCGAGAAAAAAAGUAUGCGGAUGCCUUGAAACAGUACGAUAUUGUCUUAAAAUUAUUAGAAAAGGCUCGGCUAACUGAACAUAUUGAUUUAGCAUAUACAUUGAAGAACAUUGGCGAGGUUUAUUUAGCUUUGCUUAAUUUUCAUCUAGCUUUAACUCAUUUUAAUCAAGCACUUGCUAUGUACAAGAAAAUAUUUGGCGAAAAGAAACAGCGGGACAUAGCAAAGUGCUUAAAUCUUAUUGGACAAGUUUAUUACUAUCAAAAUGCUGAUCAGUAUAAUGAUGAAACAUGUUUCGAGUAUUUUAACCAAGCACUAGAUAUAUGGAGUGAUGUUUUACCACACAACCAUCCGGAUUUAGCAUUAUGUUACAAAAAUAUAACACUUUUUUAUCUAAACAGAAAACACGACUCAAUACAAGCAAGAAAGUAUUUUACAAUUUCAUAUCGUAUCUACAAAUCAAUAUUAAGUGAUGAUCACUGUGACUUAAUUGAAAUGCGUAACAUCCAACAGAUGAUACUCAAAAGUGAACAACAAACAAAAUUAAUGAUGAUAAUUGAUACUAUUCGUUUAAUAUUAUUUUUUAUUGGUUUCUCUAUUGGACUUCUAUUUUCUGCGAUGUUGACAUGA